CUUGAUGUCACUUGAGACUGUGCAUGCGCGAUACAUAAUUUCAAAAUGGCGAAUUUCAUCGUAGAGCGUACGAGUGAACUGGCCCAUCAGUCGCACAGCUGAUAUUAGUGUGACGUCAGUAAAACAAAGCCAUGCGCGGUCGAUCGCAGCCGCGAAAUAAACCGAACGGACUGAUCCGUCUUGCUAACAAACAUUAGGCGUCAGUGAAACCGUGAAGUACAUUUUGUAAGAUUUUUUUGAAGUAGAUUCACGGGUUACGUGUGCGAGUGUACAACCGUUUCGCGUCUACCUCACAAACGAUGCCGUUCAUAUCGAAAGAUUGGCGCAGUCCUGGCGAGGAAUGGGUGAAAACCGUCGAAGGUUGGGAAAAGAAGAAAAUCCUCGAGUGCGCCAACAAUAAAACGCUUUCUCUCCUGCUUCGAGGCGAUAAAGACGCGCUCGACAAGAAGGAGAAGGACAAAAAGAAAGAAAGCAUCGUCCAGCCGCAUUGCCGCAUCACGCUAAAGUGUACACGCGAGAUCGCUGGUUUCAACGGGUUGAGCGAUGCGCUGAAAAGGUUGGAUUUUUUGUCCGCGGUACAUGAUUGUCGUCGUUUCAAUUAUAUCGUACGACUGCUGGAUCUCCUGGUCAGUCACAGAAUGGGCGGACUCAGCGGAUGCGCCCAGCGGGUCCUCUUCAAUAUGUUAGAAGAAGUCGCGUUAGAAGUAUCGUUGUCGCAACAACAAACCGGAAGGCUUCGUCGUCUGAUCGAAAGAGUGAGAGCUUUUAGCGCGGGCUGCUGUUGGGGCGGUAGACCUUUAGGUUCGGUGAUUUUAUGGGAAAAACACAAAGCUGCCCUUGAGAGAAUCUUGCAAAUCGCUUCGUCUAUCACCAUAACUCAGCCGGACGAGCAACAACAACCGCAGUGGUCAGAUUUGCCAGCCGAAUGUCGGCGAGAAGUACUUCUUCGACUUAGCGAUCCACGGGACAUCGAAGCUUCGUCGGAAGCAUGCGAACACCUCGCCGUUCUCGCGCAGGAACAAAGAAUCUGGCGCGAACUAGCUCAGUACCAUUUUACGCCCCAGCAAAUAGCCACCACUAGACAAAACAAUCCUGGGAAAGACUGGAAAACCAUAUUCACCGUUGCUCGAAGAUCGUUCGGUUUGCGAGAAGAAUACGCAGAAAUGAUUCAGUUGUGUCGCAACUGUCGUUGCUUGUUCUGGCGAUCAUUGGGCCAUCCCUGUAUCGCGGACCAAGAUCCGGCAUUUCAAGAAAAAUUAGCAGACGUCGAUCGAGCGUCCCUUCAUGUUCCGAUUCCUCCGCAAACUUUUUUGAAGUUCUUUUCGCUGUGAAAGCUUCCACAUAGUCUUCCUAUCCGUUUAGAAAAUAAAGAUACAACAGAGGUAUAUACGCGAAACACGACCAACGGAGAUACCAACGAUGUCGAUCCUAUAUUCACUGUAUCGCGUUCUCUGUUCACUUGGCAAACGGUAACGUUUCAAAAAUGUUGCUCUUCGCUCGAAGAAAUUGCCUCUACGAAACUUUAUCUUUUCCUAACGUGUAUCGUAAUCGGUCCUGAUCGAUAUACCGGUACGAAUCGAGUUUCAAAGUUACGCGCUUCUAGACCCGUUUUAUCCUCUUCGAGAUACCCUUAUCGAACGCGCUUGUUCCGCUAACGGUCAGCAAUGGAUAUUUUUCUGCUUUUCUCAAAUCUACCACCUUAAGGAAUAUGGGCUUCGUUUUUAACGACAACAAAGAUAGUAAUAAUAAUGAUAUACGGAAUUUACGGUGGAUCGAAAUAUUGCCAAAAGACUUUAUCGAACUGCUCGGAAAAUUACUAAGUGUUUGCGUCCGUCGAAAAUAGCGGAUAUUUGUUUCGUGAAAAUAUAUCGUUUCAAAUUAUUAUUGUUAUAUUCCUUUCUACGUUUAUACGUAUGAAGGAAAUAUAUAUAUAUAUAUAUAUAUAUAUAUAUAUAUAUAUAUGUUUUAGCGCGUAACAAAAAUGACGCUCCUACGUUAUCUGAUUUACAUAAAUUUUUAUCGUGCCUGCUAUUUGUUUCUUGUUUACUCGGCAGCUAUUUCUAUGGCACUUUUUUCCCCGUUCAGAUACGUCCUGUUCUUUUCUUUCUAACGGUUGCAUUUACUUCAAAUAAUCAUCGAAAUUUGUUUUUACCUAUGUAUUUUUAUAAUUACUUGGUCAGUUUUUAUACAUCUUGUGUGCGCAUCUUUUGCGUAUGUAUUUUUCUACUUUAUAAUACUUGCGUAACAGGAAAGCGAAAAUUCUGUAAUGAAACCCGUCUUUAAAGCGAAACACAUUGAAUGUAAAUUUCGGAGGAAAAAGAGAAUUAAAUGAUUUAACAUUCGUAAUGUUAAAAAAAAGACUAUUACGCGAUUAAAAUAUAAGCAAAUUGUAAAAGAUACUUUACUGGUGAGUCGUGGUUGUAGCAGGAUUUUUCGAUUAUAGAGAGAUAUAUUUGCAAAAACAAAUUGAAAAGUAAAAAAAAAAAACGAAAGCAAAUAAAACAGCAACAGAAGUGAAAACUGAAGAUUAAUCGUGUUGAUGUAUUUAUCGUUCGUAUUCAUUCAACGCCAGUAUCGUUAAAUUUUUUAAUAUUUCAUAAAUACAUCAGUAUUUAGUAACUAAUUAUGUGAUUAAUUUGGGGCGAUGAAAAUUAUACUGCCAAAAUCGAUGCUGUUGUUUUCAGCGAAUCGAAUUGAAAUCCUUUUUUGUACUUUCCGUUUAAAAUAAGAUACGAUUUUUCUAUAUGUUACAUUUUCUUUUUAACGGUAAGCAUAAUAAGAUUCGUUAAUGCGCGUAUGCGUACUUUACAAAUAAUAACUGUAAAUGACAUUCACCCGUGCGCGCGUUCUGCAAUUAAUAAUACGUACAGAUCUGCUAUGUGUACUCCGGUAUAAAGAAUACUGCGUACCCGACAUUUUAGCAACUCAUCAAUAUUAUAGUUUUGUUCACGGACAUUUAGAUAUCGUAGAAUAACUUUAAAGCAACAUUAUUUUCUUUACCUACUCGAUUGUAGAGCAAAAUUGUGCAUAAAGCUUUGAAAUAAAAGAUUUAUUUGUAUA